AUGGAUGCGAUGUGGGGGCUGCAGCUGGCCGUCUGUACUUUAGGGCUGCUGUCCGUGGCGUUUGGCGGCGAGGGCAAAGCGCGGAGCUGCAGCGAGGUGAGACAGGCGUACCACGCCAAGGGACUCAGCCUCGCCAAUGUGCCUCACCAGGAGAUAUCAGGUGAACACCUGCGUGUCUGUCCUCAGGGAUACACCUGCUGCACGUCCGAGAUGGAGGACAAACUAAGCCAGCAGAGCAAACUGGAGUUCGAGAACGUGGUCGAGGAGACCAGUCGCAAUAUAAGGACUAGGUUUGUCUCGAGGCAUAAAAAGUUUGACGAGUUCUUCUUGGAGCUGCUGGACAACUCCGAGAAGUCCCUCAACAGCAUGUUCACGCGGACAUAUGGGAAGCUGUACAUGCAGAACUCCGAGGUAUUCCAGGACCUGUUCACCGAGCUGAAGCGUUACUACACGGGGGGCAACGUCAACCUGGAGGAGAUGCUGAACGACUUCUGGUCCCGGCUGCUGGAGCGCAUGUUCCAGUUACUCAACUCCCAGUACCACUUUACAGACGACUACCUGGAGUGCAUCAGCAAAUACACGGACCAGUUAAAGCCCUUUGGAGAUGUGCCCAGGAAGCUGAAAGCCCAGGUCACGAGGGCCUUUAUCGCCGCACGAACAUUCGUCCAGGGGCUCAUGGUGGGUCGGGAAGUGGUCAACAGGGUUGCAAAGGUGAGUCCGAGUUUUGACGCUAUGUUACUGGUGGCGGAUAGACUUGAAGGACCUUUCAACAUCGAAGCAGUCAUGGAGCCAAUAGACGUCAAGAUCUCUGAAGCCAUCAUGACCAUGCAGGACAACAGCAUGCAAGUGUCAGCCAAGGUUUUUCAAGGGUGCGGUCAACCAAAACCCUCAGGAAUGGGCAGAUCUGCACGUGGCAUUACAGACGUGUUCAGCGCUCGCUUCAGGCCGUACACGCCUGAGGAGAGGCCCACCACCGCCGCCGGGACCAGCUUGGACAGGCUGAGGGUUGUCUGGAGGACAAUGCAACACAGCGUGGUGGACAUCAAAGAGAAGCUGAAGGAGUCCAAGAGGUUCUGGUCCAAUCUGCCAAAUGACAUCUGCACCAAGGGCAAGCUGACAGAGUCUGAUGAGGACCAGUGCUGGAACAGCCAUACUAAGGGCCGAUAUUUCCCCGAAGUGGUGAAAGAGGGUCUGACAAACCAGUUGAACAACCCAGAGGUGGAUGUGGACAUCACCCGGCCAGACACACUGAUACGGCAGCAGAUCAUGGCCCUUCGUGUCAUGACCAACAAGCUGAAGAACGCUUACAAUGGAAAUGACAUCUACUUCCAGGACUCGAGUGAUGAGGGAAGUGGCUCCGGCAGUGGCAGCGGCUGCUCUGACGGCUGCACCACAGAGUUCGUCUUUGUUGGAACAGAGGCUCCUGUGAUCGGAGCUGACAGGAGUGAUGAACGUGCCGCAGCAGCAGGCAAGUCACUUUCCCCCAGACCCUCCCCGCUGCUCCUGAUGCCCGCCCUCGCCCUCACGCUGCUGGCACUGCACACACAAUGGAGAUAA